AUGGCGGUCUCGUACCGCUUCGCGGUGCUGCGCUUCGACGACCGCAACCGCUACGGCCAGGAUGGCGUGCCGGGAACCUUCCUCUUCGCGGGCGGGGAGAGCGUGAUCGUGCGCGUGAAGCCCGCCACGCAGGCAAAGGCGGGCAAGCGCAACCGAUUCGCAAAGGUGGCGGCGCUGUCGUCGUCCAACGAGGGGGAGGCGGCGCUGAUCGAGCUGCUCGGCCCGGUCGGCGAGUACGCCUCCGAGCUCGAAGCCUACCAGCUCCACUUUGGCGUCAAGCCGUGCCGCUACCCGCAAAAGGAGGAGUGGGCGCUGACGGGGCUGCUCGGAGGCGGCGAUGGAGGCUCGCUGCCGCCGUGCGAGGCGUGGCGGCGCGACUGCUCCCACCUGCACGUCGUCUCGGUCGACAACGCCUCGACGCGCGACAUUGACGACGCCCUCUCGAUCGAAGCAUCUGCCGACGGAGGCGUCGCUCGCACGUGGCGUCUCUCGCCUGAGCCUUCGCUGAACCUGCCACGAAGCUUCCCUGCAGGCGUCGAGCUGGGGAUCCACGUGGCGGACGUGGCGGCCCACAUCUCUCCCGCCUCGCCUCUCUUCCGGUGGGCGCUGGAGCGGGCGGGGGCGCACGGACCGCCGCGGCGUGACCGCUUCCGCAGCGGCCAGCCCCUUCCUUCACUGCUUCCAGGCGGG